CUGUCUAUUGAGCACCUGCUACAAGUCUGGCGGUUUGGGGCACUGAAGAUCCAAAAGCCUGUGUGGCCACCCUCUCUCCCACUGCAGACCCAGGGAGGGCCAUGAAGGUGCUGCUCCUUACGGGGCUGGGAGCCCUGUUCUUUGCCUAUUACUGGGAUGACAGCUUUGACCCAGCCAGCCUCCACGGAGCCCGUGUACUACUGACCGGAGUCAGUGCCGGCAUAGGGGAAGAGCUGGCGUAUCACUACGCGCGUCUGGGCUCCCACCUAGUGCUCACUGCCCACACCGAAGCUCUGCUGCAGCAGGUGGUAGGGAACUGCCGGAAGCUGGGCGCUCCCAAGGUCUUCUACAUCGCUGCGGACAUGGCCUCCCCUGAGGUGCCCGAGCGCGUGGUGCAGUUUGCGCUGGACAAGCUGGGAGGUCUGGACUACCUGGUGCUGAACCACCUCGGCGCCGCCCCAGCAGGCACGCGGGUCCGCAGCUCCCAGUCGACACGUUGGCUCAUGCAGGUGAACUUCCUAAGUUACGUGCAAUUGACUUCUUCGGCGCUGCCAAGCCUGACUGACAGCAAGGGCUCCCUGGUGGUGGUGUCCUCAUUGCUCGGCCGGGUGCCCACUUCCUUCUCCAGCCCCUACUCGGCAGCCAAGUUCGCGCUGGACAGCUUUUUCAGUUCUCUCCGGCGGGAGCUGGACGUGCAGGAAGUGAACGUGGCCAUUACCAUGUGCGUUCUGGGUCUCCGAGACCGUGCCUCAGCCGCCGAAGGAGUCAGGGGCAUCACGAGGGUCAGGGCGGCUCCACGGCCCAAGGCCGCCCUGGCCGUAAUCCGCGGGGGCGCCACGCGUGCCUCUGGGGUCUUCUACCCGUGGGGCUCCCACCUGCUCUGCCUGCUCCGCAGUUGGAUGCCGCACUCGAGGGCCUGGUUCGUCCGCCCGGAGCUCAACAUAACGACGCCCGCUGCUGCCUGAGCCUCUGAGCUUGAGGCCCCUUCAUCUUCCCAGAAGACCCUCCAGCCAGCCGUCCUGGAGCUGGGACAUACACUGAAGACACUUCUGAGCAGGUGGUCAAGGGCCAAGAGAAAGUCAUCAAGACACAAAAAAGUAAACCCGAGAAAAACUACCAGCACUUGAAAACAGGCAGAACUCGGAGUGUACCAGGUAUCUUGUCACGAAGUCGGAAGUCAAUUACCUCAGUCUUCUUAGCUGUUACUGAUGAUAUGAGAGCUGCUUCCAUUUUGCAGAUGGACAAACUGAGGCUCAAAGAGGUGAUGUGACUUGCCCCAGAGCCCUGGCCCCAUCAAACAGGUCAUACCACCACUGAGCCACCUUUAGAGCCCGCUCUAUCUGUGACCUGAAUCCACUGCCUCCCAGUUUCUUCUUUCCACUCAGUCAGCCUCAGAGCAUCCUCCAACCCUUUCUCCAAGCAAGGGAGCCCUCGAGGCUCUCGAGUUGCUCUUGGGGUCUGAGGAGAGGGAGGAGUAAAGGAACAUGUUCUAGGCUACG